AUGAAGAUCACCGCUUUCUUCAGCGUCUUGAUCGCCUCCAUCUGGUCUGCCACUCUUGUCCUUGGACUUGAUGCUGCUGAUCGUGAGAACCUGAUUGCUGCCCUCAUUGCUCGAGACAUUCCUCAUGGUGCUGCCUUGGACUUGGUCAAUCUCUUCCCUCGCCAUGAGGUAACCACUGUCACUGUCACCCAAUGUGAGACUGGCUACACCAGCAUUCCUACUCCUUCAAUCUCCACCACCGAUAUCCCUUUCACCAGCAUCGAGUCUACAACCCAGACCACCAGCACUGCUACCAUUCCUGUGACCACCGAAACUGCGUCUGUCAACACCGAGACCACCGCUUCCGUGGGCUCUAGCAGCACUCCCGCCACUCUCACCACUGGUUCUAGCUCGGUUCCUUUGACCUCAAGUUCUGUGCCUGGCAGCUCUCUCCCCGUCACUUCUUCCACUGGCACCACCACUCAUACCACCAGUUCUACUGCUACGACUCAUACCACCGCCACAACUUCCACUGCGUCCACCCCUCCCGCUGUCCCCAACGCUGGAACUUCCAAGCAUACCAACGCGGGCCUUCUGGGUCUGAUGGCCGUGUUGGCUCUGGCUUAA